UCGAGGCAUUCUCCGUUGUUACUCAAACAAUUCUGUCAUCCAGAAUAAAAACAAGCGGAAGAGUUUGGAUCCUAAGUUAAUUAGUGUGGUGGUCAUGCCUCUCUACAAGAUAAUGAUUGAAUGCAUCUGUUCUUGUAGAAUCCAGUUAAUUGUUGAAAGUUUUGUAGGCCUGAAAUUAAUCAACAGGAAAAAAAAAAUUCAGUCAACCCCAAUAAGAAAAAUUAUUUAUAUAAACAAUAAAGGAUCUAUUCAGUUUCAAUCGAAAACUAUUAUUUGCAAACAGUUUAAACGUCUUUUUUAUGAAAAUAUAAAUAAAAUAAAAUUUCUCCCAUUAACUGAAUAUCUGUUGAGGAUAUUAUUUUAACAAGUGACAUAAUUUGGCUUACACCGCUCACAUGUUUUCCGAUUCCCAGCUGAUUUCCCUGCCAACUACCAUCACUUCAGUCUUCUCCGGGCCUCCAACACCCAAAGAAACUCUUGCUGUAUUCAAUGGAAGUAUUUAAUGAAUCUGCGUUUUGACAAAUGCUUCCAACAGGGAAAAGUCUACAACCAAACGGCAAUUAUUUGUCCUGCAGGAAGCAUUUUCUCUGUUUAUACACUGAAUAUUUUGUGAAAACCUUUUAACAUCAGAUAUAAUUACCUCAUUCCUCCAGAAGUGAAGAACAAGAAUCAAAAUAUUGGUAAUAAUUAUUUGAACCAAAAACUCAACUGUUUUAUAAAGUCGAAAUCAACAAAUAUUUGUCAUUAAUUCAGGGAAAACCUUGAUAGCUACAUGUCUGAUAUGGCUUUGACAAGUCAACAGAGAGUUGUUUACAAGAAGGACAAAGAGAUUGUUUCCUUAACCUUUGAUUGUGAAAGUCCGUCUUAUUGGCCAAUGAAGAAGCUCAAUUGUUCAAUCUGCCAUCGAAGGUUUCAUCUCCGCACUACUUUAAACUUACAUAAAAAAGUCCACUUCGCACUAAAGCCGUAUACAUGUCCAAGCUGUUUUACUCAGUUCCCCACCAAAACACUCUUACACAGACAUUCUUCCUCCCACACCAACCUUACGGAACCCAACUGUUUUCUCUGUAAAAAAUUCUUCUCUGACUUUUCCAGUCUGAAAACCCACGAGUUUUUCAUGCUUUGUGUGAAACCAUUUGAGUGUAAUAAAUGUGAGAUGAAGUUUACUCUUAAAGCUCAACUUUGGCAGCACCAGAAAUUACAUAAAAUGGCAAAUGUUGAAAGGCUCUUUAGAUGCGAAACCUGUGGCAAGAAUUUCUACUCCAAAGGUGCUUUCUUUGUCCAUAAACGCUGGCACAAGAACAGCCGUCAGCUUUCGUGUGAGCUUUGUCAUCAAAGAUUUUAUCUCAAGAGUUCUGUGUUUGCUCAUAAAAUCAAACAUUCUUCUUCACCUUAAUGAAAAAAAUGAUGGAACAAAUGAUUGUGUGUGUGUAAAUAUUGUAAAUAAACAUCCUGAUUGAUUUCA